UGGGCAUUCAGCCCCCCCUGUCAGGCGUCCAGCGAUUGAUUGGGAAACAUUCCUCAAAACACCAAAAGGUACCUUGGCCUGGUCUCUGCCCAGCUCUUCUCUGCUCCUAGGAGCUUCCUGCGUUAUGGUGGCGGAGUCAUAUACGGUCGGACGACCUUGAGGAUCCAUCGAAAUAUUUCCACAUAUUCAGAGGGCAGAUAGCCGGACCCAUAUAUCGCAACACACCUACAAAUUUGCCAGUCGGCCGAGGAAACACAUCUUGCAAACCCGAAAGCUUCAGUCCACUCGGAAAGGCCAAAAAUGUCGUGGGUCUCGAUCCUCCUCACCCUGUACGGCCUGUGGGUUGCGUCGACGCUGUGGAAGCUCUUCAAGAACUACCUCUCCGCGCGCAAGACGGGGCUCCCCAUGGUCGUCUUCCCGCUCAACAACUAUCACCCCAUAUGGAUGAUCCUCUCGGUGCCCCUGCGGCCGCUCUUUGAGAAGCUGCUCCCGGACUGGAUGUACGAACCGAUCAACCUGGCGACCUACGGGUUCGAGUUCCGCAGCAAGACCGCCGUCUUCGCGAAGCGUGGCCCGGCCAUCAUCCUCGUGACGGCGGGGUCCAACGAGCUGAGUCUGAUGGACCCGGAGCUGGCCUCGGAGGUCCUGAAGCGCAUCAAGGACUUCCCCAACACGGACAUCGGCGGGGUCAUCUUGAACAUCUUCGGGCCCAGCCUGAUCACCAGCGACGGCGAGAACUGGGCGCGACAGCGCCGGCUCAUCGCCCCCAACAUCAACGAGAAGAUCAGCGGGCUCGUCUUCGGCGAGUCGUGUCGCCAGGCCCGCGAGAUGCUCGGCUCGUACGUGGGCGACCUCCGGGGCGUGACGGACGACACGAUGCGCGGCAUGAAGCAGAUCGCCAUCAACGUGCUGGGCACGGCGGGGUUCGGCAUCUCGCGGCCGUGGAAGGAGGAGACGUCCAGCCGCCCGGAGGGAUACCGCACGACGUACAUGGAGGCGACCAAGACGGUGGUGGAAAACAUCAUCGAGUCCGCGGUCAUGCCGGCGAGGCUGCUCACGCUGCCCAUCUUCGCGCCGUCGUGGCAGAACAUCGGGCACGCGAAGAACGAGUUCCCCCUGCACACCCGGGAGAUGCUGGAGAACGAGCGGAAGCUGCAGCGCGACAGCCCCGAGCCGCGCAGCAACCUGAUGAGCAUGCUGGUGCGGCUCGCCGACUCGUCCAAGCCCAACGGCGACGUGGGCUCCAAGGCGGGCGACCUCUCCAAGGCCGGCUCCCAGGGGCUCUCGGAGGAGGAGAUCCUCGGGAACCUCUUCAUCUUCACGAGCGCCGGGUUCGACACGACGGCCAACACCAUGGCCUACGCGCUGGCUCUGUUGGCCACGUACCCGGAGUGGCAGGAUUGGCUGUACGAGGAAAUCCACGCCGUUGUGGGCGCCACGGAGGCGGAGAACCUGGACUACGCCGAGAUCUAUCCUCGCCUGCCACGGUGUCUGGCUCUCAUGUUGGAAACGAUGCGAUUCUUCCCGCCCUUGACACACAUCGCAAAGCAAACCAACUCGACGCACGACGUCUCGAUCACCACCCCGUCAGGCCGAUCCUACUACAUCCCCACCAACACGAUCAUCUACAUCAACACCGUGUCCCUGCACCUGGACCCGCGCACCUGGGGCGACGACGCGACCACCUUCCGGCCCUCGCGCUGGCUGCUCUCGCCGGGCCUCGCGCCCUCCCGGACCGCCAGCGCGGAAUACACGAUCGCGCAGAACAUCCGGACGAUGCCCAAGGGCACGUUCCUGCCGUGGUCGUCGGGCCCGCGGGCGUGCCCGGGCCAGAAGAUGUCCCAGGUCGAGUUCGUGAGCGUGUUCAUGACCGUCUUCGGCCGGUUCCGCUGCGAGGCCGUCAAGGUGCGCCCCGACGAGACCCGCGACGAGAUCCGCCGCCGCUUCGAGGCCGUCAUGGCCGACAGCCAGCCCAAGUUGACCCUGCAGAUGGUGCGGAAUCGGGACCUGAAGCUGCGCUGGAUCGAGCGGUGAGAGGGAGGCCUGGCGCGUGUGCCCACGAUGGCGACGGAUAGAGAUCGAGGCAAGAGGUGGCGACCGCGGUUCGAACGGAUCAGCACUUCUGCAAGUUACGCUGGACUCCAGGUGCUCUGCAGCGAUCAUUUCUGGGAAGCAUUGAAGUUUAAGGCGGGUUUUGAUUUGUGUAUCAGAUAUCUGCAGGGGGAUAUAGCUCCUGUGCAGUUCGCCGACCGCGAGCGGUGCGCGAUAAGAGAGCUUUCCCUCACACCGGCUUGGGUGUUGUUGGUCUUGCUGUAGCGCUC